CAUACAAACCCAACAUUUCACAUUUGUCAGAUGGAUUUUAAAUGCACCCCACACUCGAGGAUUUGACAUCGGGCACAUGCAGACGUUCCAGCAUGGCGGAUAAAAAAUCCACACUGUCUUUUGAGAGCUGGGUGGACAAACUGAAUGGAAAAUGGACUCCUCUGGUUUUCCUAACGUUGGGCAUAUUGGCUUUUUUGUACCCCGUGUGUUUUAAUGCAAUUGAAUGUGCGUUUCCAGCCGAGUUCACACAAGCCAUGGCUGAUUAUGGAAAAGCUCGGUGUUAUAAAGCUAGAGCAGUAAGGAACGUGCCGGGGAAAACCAGCGACCACAAUCCCUAUCAUUGGGUUUCUGUCGAGGAUGAUGAUCCUUCCGGGGAGACAACUGUGUACCAAUAUGUGUCUCUAUUUCUGAUUGGACAGGCUAUUAUUCUUCGAAUUCCGUUUAUGUUGUGGAAUCUGACAAAAAAGAAGUUGGGGAUCCAUUUUAUUGUUCAGACAGGAAGUGGAGAAAAAGACAGCAAAUUUGAGGGCAAGAAGCUCGCCAUCUACAUCUACCAAUGGAUACAAAACCGGAAAAUUAACAUUUUAUCUCUCGGGGCAUUUACGAUAUUGCAAUGUUUUAUUAAAUUAAUGUAUUUUGUGAGUAUUUCCAUCAAUUUGGGAUUUUUGGAUUCUGUCCUAGAACAGAACAACGAAAUCGGCUUUGGUUCCUUUAUAAUAGGAAAGUUGAAGGGAAACAGUUUGACUGUUCGCAAACCCUCUCCAUUUUUUCCUCAACACAUAAUGUGCAAUUACACUUAUCAUGUUUACCAGUAUACUAGAAAAUAUAGUGUUCAAUGUACCUUGACCCUGACUCCGUUUUUGGAGCAGAUGGUGGCGGUGGCUUGGUUGUGGCUAAUUUUCUGUCUCUCCGCCACUAUAGCUGAUGGUAUAUUUCACGUAUUUGGUGCCGUUCUGCCUUUUUUCAGAGUCUGGUUUGUGAAAUCAAAUCUGAUAAAAUCAGAGCUGGGAAAUUCAGAACAAGCCUUGUCAGACCGUAAUAUUGAACGAUUUUCUUCAACCCUGGGAGAAGAUAUAAUUUCUUUUUUAAAGCUGGUUCAAGAUAAUGAAAGCGGAAGUGUUGUCAUGGAAACAGUAACUGAGUUAUGGAGGAUGUAUCAUGGCGACAUACAUGUACAACAUGCUCCUGCAAUUUCAUCACAACCUGUACAUUUGAGAGCUGCUUUGUCGAACCCUCACGCACAGCAAUCACAUAACCAGCCAGAAAGUUUUCAACAAGGAUCAGAAUCGAACACAGGUCCGGGUUAUCAACCGACAGCGCCGUUGUUACAUUCGGUCUAUCCAACUAGUGCAUUAUGACAUUAUUUUUCAUGAUGAAAAAUUGAAAUGCCUAAAAUACGUGCAUAUAACAUGGCAUUCGAAUUCAAGUUCUUGAUAUAUAAACUUUAGGUUGUAUGAGGUAUAUUUCAGCUUCGUUCUUGGAAAGGAAUAUAACUAUCAGUGGAACGAUGCAGGAAAUAUUGUGACAAGAAAAUCAGAGUUUGGAAGUAAUUUUAGAUAUUAAGUCUAGUAGUAAUUUUGCAUAGGUAAUAGGGCGAUAAGCUUCUGGAGAAUCUUGCAAACUUUUGCAAAACUAUUGCAUUAUUUUUAUCCCUCUUCUUGAGCGGCACAUGGUAUCGAGG